UUCACCACGAACUGUCGAAGAUGAAGAGACCAUGUCGGACGAUCGCUACCAUCGACUGCACUGGGAAGCCCUGCGGUUGAACUGCUGUAGUGUGCGAGGGUAGAGGUAGUGUGGUGAGGAUUAAGGGGUGAUCGAAGCUGUCCACGGGUCGCGGAGUUCGAACUUGCCCUACUUUCGUUGGAUGGCGCGCGAUUAUAGAUAGUGGCGAUAUGAAACCUUUGACGAAGAAAUUGUUUCAUCUGGAUGUUCGAAAGGAUUUGCGUCUUAGGAUCAAAGAGUUUGCAGAAUUGCCCUAAUUUGAUGGAAUUUCGUUGCAAACCAAACAAGCGAAAGGGCACAGUGAAAAGUGAUUUGAAUUUUCAGCGUUUGUGACGUCACAUAAUCCGUUCCAGUAGUGAAGUUCAGAUUUUCGCGUUCUCGUCUAUAUUUGCGGUCUCGUGUUUGGUGUACCACGGGAAAACCCGGAAAAGUGAAAAGAUCCUCGUGUGGUUCGAAUAAAAGCAAUAUUUCUACAAUUCUCGUUUCACUUGGUGUCUAGAUAGAUAAGGAAAAAAAGGAGUUCCAAGGAAAUCCCAUUACUCGUUAUAGUAGUGUAUCGAAGUAGAAUCACGUCAAAGCAAACGUGAAAGUUCAUCAACUAUUCGCACAGUAUCUACGGAGUGGAAAACCUGAAGCGUAAAAUUGUAAGCCAAUUGUGAUGAUUUACAACAAAAAGUGAAAAAAGGAAAAGAAACGGAAGAAAAAUUGAUUUCACCGUUCGGGAACAAAGGAAUCCAAGCGAGCCGUUGUGAAGUUCAUUUUUUUCCUUCAAUCGAAGUAGACCGGUUGCUGAGUAGUAGUGAUUCGAAUCGAAAGUAAUUAUUCACGAUUGAGUGAGUGGGUGAGUGAGUGAGCUCAGAGGCUGGAUAAAGUUUCGAAGCGGAAUCGACCGAGAAACUCGGGGAGGACGACCGGAAGUGAUGUGUGGCAGCUGUACCGGAGUUUGAUGAUAGUAUGAGCAAUUACGGCAGCCGGGCUCUAAAAUGUAAAAUAGUGGGAACGGUGCUGGUGCAAGCGUUUCGGGAAGUGGAUUCAGUUCCAUCGAUGGGAAACUCUGUCCAAUGUUACAGCGAAGAAGAACUUCGGCGGAGUAAUUCGACGGGAGCUGUGAUACGGUUACUCCACCCACGAGGCGCCAUCGGAAUGAAAUAAAAGUGUGCUGCUCGAAGUUAAUGAAAGAAAAAUAGAGGGGAAAAAACCGUUUCGCGCAUUGCGUUCGCUGCUGAUAAGGUGGAAAAUGGUGACAUUGGUGCUUUCGCGGAACUACUGGAUAAUCGAGUUGUGCGCGGCGGAGUGGUCUGGGGGAAGUGGACCCGUAACCUUGUAUCGGGUGAAGAAAAAGGAUCGAUCGGGAGUGUCGGAGUUGUGUAAUGCCACAACUGGGUCACGGAAGUAGAAGAAGACGAUGGAGAGACAAACUGCGACCGCAACAAUCAACGGAAGGAAGCAAUAAGGGCAGCGGUUUUCGUCCAAUUAGCCGGCAUCCGGGGUCAAAUGUUGUCGGUUGUGCUCAGUGCAACCACGAUAACAAUGAACAGAGACGAGCAGGAGAAUCUCUUUCGGCAGUCACGGAACCUUCGGCUGCAGCAAGAAGCAAAACAGCAACAGCAACUAGUGCUGCACCAACACCAACAACAACAUCAGCAAUACAGCAGUAAACCGCGUCACUAUUCCUAUGGUAACAUCCACCAGAUCAGCAAUCUUCAUAUGCAAGCAUCAAACUCGCGAUCGUUCGGCGAUGAUCGCGGAAGCGGCGGUCACCAGUUUGGAGGCGUUGCGUGUGACGACCUGGUGCUCAGUGUGCUCAAAUCUCCCGUUAAGGAGACGACGAACCUGCUCGGUAGCAGUAGCAUUGGUGGCCAAACGAUCUCCGCCAGUCCAAGCGCCGGGAGCAAUGGACUGGCCACGGGAAUCAACACCGGUGGGACCGGAACGGCCACAACCCAAUCGCCGAGUCCUUGCGCAGGUUAUCAGGCGCUACGUGGCUCGGAGGACGACCUGGUCGACGACAUCGAAUCGGCGAUCGAAACUACCGAGCUGAACGCUGCCAACGCGGCGGCGGAACAACCGUCUUCCUCGCCGCGUGCGUUGAAAUUUCUGAGGCGCUUCCGGACCGGUAAAACGGGGCGCUUCGAGCCGCACCACCGGCGCGUGCCGACUCCGAUGCGUCGGAAGAACCGAAGUCGGUCACGAUCCCGCUCGAAUGCGGACAUCCUCGAUGGGGUGACGACAGGGGAUGAUCCGUGCGAUGUGCUCCCGGGGGACGACGAUCCGUGCGACGUGGUCGGGGACGAAGCGGGGGCCAUCGCGCAGAAGAUUGGCGUUCCCGAUCCGUACUAUCCCAUAGCACUGCCGAUCGACCAAGCGUUCAAAGCCAAAUAUGUUUUCCAUCAUCGCAGGGGUAAAACCGUGCAGGAGCGGUUCUACGUGUUCCUCGAGCAUCCGGUCGGGUGGCUGUGUUUUAUAUAUCAUUUUUCUGUGUUUAUGCUCGUGCUGGUGUGUCUGAUAUUUAGCGUGCUGUCGACGAUCGAGGAGUACAGUAAGUUUGCGAACGAGACCUUAUUCUGGAUGGAGAUCUGCCUGGUGGUGUUCUUCGGCGUGGAAUACCUGGUGCGGCUCUGGUCGGCCGGCUGCCGGUCCAAGUACAUGGGCUUCUGCGGCCGGCUGCGGUUCAUCCGCAAGCCGAUUUGUAUUAUAGAUUUAAUAGUAGUAGUAGCAUCGAUGGUUGUGCUGUCAGUUGGCUCAAAUGGACAAGUGUUCGCCACCAGUGCCAUCCGAGGCAUUCGGUUUCUGCAGAUCCUCCGGAUGUUGCACGUGGACCGGCAGGGUGGCACCUGGCGCCUUCUCGGGUCCGUCGUUUUCAUUCAUCGACAGGAAUUGAUAACGACGCUGUACAUCGGUUUCCUGGGGCUAAUAUUUAGCUCGUAUUUUGUGUACCUAGCGGAAAAGGACGUUACCGGGCCGGAUGGGCGGCAGGACUUUGCCAGUUAUGCUGACGCCCUUUGGUGGGGAGUUAUCACCGUCACGACCAUUGGCUACGGGGACACGGUGCCGCAGACGUGGAUGGGCAAAAUUGUGGCGUCCUGCUUUAGCGUGUUUGCAAUCUCGUUCUUCGCACUUCCGGCGGGCAUCCUCGGAUCAGGCUUCGCGCUCAAAGUCCAACAGAAGCAGCGCCAGAAGCACUUUAACCGCCAGAUACCGGCAGCGGCAAUGCUGAUCCAGUGUCUUUGGCGGUGUUACGCCGCCGAUAAGAGCUUCCAUUCGGACGCCACCUGGCAGAUCUACGUCAAGUCGGACGACCAGAACGCCAACAACUCCAACACCAGCACAGCUCUCCCCGCGCAGCUGGGCAAAACCCUAAUGGUACAGGUGGCGAGACGCGGCGCAUCGGUCCUGAAGCGGCGCAAGUCCCGAAACCGGAUGGAGGCUCCCGGCAUGAAGAACUCGGCAGGAGCGGGAUCUUCGGCGGUGGCAGCAGUAUCGUCCGGUAACACUGGAUCCGGCACGGUUGGUCCACCAUCGGCAACGACGGCGGCCGCAUCCAGUGGGUCCGGAACGGUGGGGACCCCCGGGCCGGGAUCCGGUGUCGGUUCGGCAGCCGCAGCACUGAUAGGAAGCGAGAAUACUCUCAACACUCCGGUAACGCCGGCGGCCGAUUCGGCACUGUCCAAAAGCGAAUCGGACGGAGACGUUGUGUUCUACAUGGAGGAGCCGCGGGCCGCGGGAACGCCAUCGCGAACGCGGAGAAACGAUCCGAACCGGGGUGCAUUCGUUAGCCAAAACAGCUCAGUAACGGAAGCGCCCAGCGACGAAGUGGAAGCGGAACCGGAGGCGGACGAUGAACCGGAACCGGCCCGUGUAACGCAACUGACGGAAGCGCACCGGAACGCCAUCCGGGCGAUCCGAAAAAUCAAGUACUUCGUCGCUCGGCGCAAAUUCCAGCAGGCCCGCAAGCCAUACGAUGUCCGCGAUGUGAUCGAGCAGUACUCCCAGGGUCACCUGAACAUGAUGGUCCGCAUCAAGGAACUGCAACGGCGACUGGACCAAACCCUCGGAAAACCGGGCAGCUAUCUGGCCGGAAUCGAUCGAGUUGGCAACAUCAAACCAAUGACGGUCGGCGCUCGGCUGUAUCGCGUCGAACAGCAACUAUCUGUGAUGGAUAAGAAAUUAGAUCAAUUAACCCAUGCCAUUAACUCAAUGACGAUGCAGCAGAAGAUGAUAUUACCCCCAAUGCAGUCGCAAAUGUUCCAACAGCAACAGCAGCAUCAGCAACAAAUGGCCGUUGCCCUUAGCCAAUUGCCACCUUUGCAGCUCCCUGCGGCACCCUCGCAAGCGAACUCGCCAACGCCGACCAAAUGCCUCGAAGAUGAUGUAUAAUAUUGGUUCUAAGUUCCCCUCUCCUAUCAUCCUGUCUAAUCCUCCUUCAAACUAUGUAGCAAAGCAACAGAAACUCACGUAGGGGUUUCAGAUAUCAGCAUCUCUAAAGUAGGGAGACAAGAUGCGACCGAUAAGCAGCAGAGACCUAGAAACAUAAGACACAGUGAGAACGUGUGAGAGAUAGCAGUUAAGUAAGCAAAUUCAGUCUCUAGUAGUAAUAGUUAAUUAAAGAAAGUGGUUUUUAACAAAUUCAACUCUUAAUAUUAACAUAAAAGAAUAGUAGCAAUUUAAGAGUGGGAGAUGAACAGAGAAGAGCAAGAUGCAUUUAAUACCAAAAAAAUACUUUAAUAAAUUACAAGUUAAGUAAACUAA